AUGGAUACCAUCAACAGCAAUACAACAAUCGAGCGAAAGAAAACCGUCCUCGAAGCCGCAAUCGAUGAAGAUUCUGCUCAAAAUGAUCCAACAAUUGAAAACAACAUCCACAACUUCGACAAACAAUUGUCGAAGUCCUCAUCAACAUCAUCAUCCUCUUCACAAUCAUCGUCAUCAGAAGACGGAGACUUCUUUCAAUUAGAACUUGGAAAGCCUGCAUUACCAACAGAACAAGAACCCGGCCUCAUUGCCGGGCUAGAACCGACACAAUCACCACCAAUGCAAGCAAUGUCAAGAUCAGAUGGCAAUCCAGACCCAAAUAGAAUUCCUUCUUCAGUAUUUGAAAGGACUAAAUCUACUACACCAAUGGAAUGGAGUGUGGCUUCAAAUGAAUCAUUAUUCAGUAUUCAUUUAGGCAACAACAGCUUCUCCAGAGACCAUGUACUCCUACUAAAAUCCGGAGACUUGACUAACUUCUACGUCGGUAAUUUAGAUGCCUUUCCGCCGCCUAAUUCGGCAAUGAUGCCUAUUCCAGCUCCGGUAAGCAUCGAUCUCGCGCUUGCGCUUGAGCAGAAUGAUAAUGUGGCUCAAGCAAUGAAUGCUGAAGCUAUGAAGGAUGUCAUGAGAGCAAAUGCUGAGCAGCAUAGUGGUUCAGCAGGCAAACCUCUGGUUGAAUUGCCACCUCUCGGAAACAGUUUGUCGAGAAAUUCCGAUGCCAGUGUCCAGAGUUUCCGUUCCUUCGCCUUUCCGAUAUUGACAGUGGAGGGAAGAAAUGCAUCAGUGAGAGCAGUAGAAAGUGAGCAAAUUGAAAGGGAACAACAGCAAACAAUAGAGACACCAAAAGAAACUCCAAAUGCAGCUGCAGCUCCUGCUCAAUCCAGAUGGUUUCCAUGUUUCUCAUGUGCAUUCUGCUCUUAACACAUUGUUUGUUUAGUGAAAGAUAAUUGAGAGAUUGGAGCUAAAAUGCUUUAAAGUAAAGAAGAAUGUAAGGACUUGAGAGCUCUAAUGUUAUAUGAAGGAGUAAAGAUAAGGAAGGAAAGGAAGGAGGGAAUGAAUGAUGAGUAACAAGGAUGGAAACAGCAGCAGUAGCAUCUUUUUUAUUUGUACUGAAUUAUUUAAAUAUUAUCCGAGUUCCUUAACAUCAUUGUUUUUUUUUUAAUGUACAAUUGUAGAUGUUAAGCUGACAGUGGUUCUAUAUAUUAGGAUUUAUGUCACCUUUUUCAUGUUAUGCUUUUCUUUUUACAAUCUACAAUUGAGAGGUUAAUACAUAGGAUCUUUGAUUGAAGCUGCUACUUGAAACUUUAUUGGCCUUUCUAUAAUUUUUUGUCUACACGUUUUGCCAUCCUUCAUUAGGUUUCUUGUUUUAUUUAUUUAUUUUUAA